AUGAACAAGGAUGGCCUUCCAAUUUGCCACCCUGCGAAGGCUCCAGAGAUGCAGGCGCGGGGGUUUGGGGCCAUGGUUGUUAGUUGGCUCUACCCUACGGAUUCAUACAUCAUCGGCCACCAAACCAUGGCUCGAGUUGGAUACAGUCUUCCACCGUCUGGACCUGGAGAAACCCUUGGUGCAUACCUUUUCACCCGCAUGUACCACGAAGCCACUGGACAAAUUGCUCCAUUGCUGGUCCCGCGGGCCCCAACAACCUCUCGCAAUAUCAAUUACUACGAGAUGUUCUGCCGACAAAAGGGCGUUGACGCGAAGGAUCGGAAAGCAGCAAGAGGAAAAAUCGAAGAAAUGACCAAAGUCAUCUCGCCGCCACAAACAGUCCAGAACUUCCAUCGACUUGUUGCCGACGUUGAAGUUGCUGCACAACUCUCGACGUCACCUCUGACUGACGGUGCUGCAGUUCCGGCGUCAAAGGAGCCUGCUGAAGCGAGCUCUCACACUCGUGCUUUCGGCCCCGCAGAAGAGAUUCUUCCAUGUCUUGUUUCAGUUUUCGGGCAAUAUGUUGCUACCGACUUGCCGGAAGUCGAUGUCGCUAACCUUUGCAGAGCGACGUCCCUCCCUUCUCCACAUCUCGAAGUAGGAGCACAUUCUGCGUACGCAGCAUCUGUCGCCGAGUAUGCAUCUGCCGUUACCCGUGAUUUCGACGACGAGGAAGAAACACCCUUCUUUUCUGACAACGAUUUUUCGGACGAUAGCGAUGAGGAUGCGGAGUCACAAGCUUACCGUGCCGCCCUUGACACGAGUUCGCAACCGGGCAUAGACGAUCCAUUACGGCGACUUAUGUCGGACCAACAAAUCAGAUCUUGCAAUGAGUGGGUGCGCGACGCCGAACACACCCGCCGACUCCGUGCCACCUGGAAACCUCGUCUGCUUGCCGGCAGUGGAUGGACAAUGGUCGUCCUGAUUUUUUUGUUGAUUUUUUCGAUGGCCGUCGGGUUGGUCGAAUCACUAAGGCGCCCUCCGUCCUUCGUUUCGAACGCGGACCGACGCGAUGAAUCGACGAAGACUAACCUUGAGCCGAAAAUCCUCGGGUUGUGGGAAAACGACGCUCGGACCUCUGCACAAAUCGCUUCGUCGAUGCUGCGGUCCGACCGCACUGAAGGAGCCGUGCAGCAGGAUGCCGCAAAAGGCUACUUUCAAUGGCUCUUGUCGAGCCGUCUUCAGAGGUUUAUGCCUUGGGUUUUUAAUGUAACCCUUGCACGCCCGUUGCGAAUGUUCUUGGGAUGGAUGCCCUCUCCGCAAAUUUUCUGUGCAGGGACCCAGACAUUCUUCGGUCGCCUCCAAGAUCCCGGGUUGACAACCGACGAGAUCUGCGAUAUCUUUGGGCAGGUGGACCCUUCGCUCGUAGACGAUCCUGCCGUACUCACGCGGUUGUCAGACUUGGUUUCGGCUCACGCCCGCGGGGAAAACAGUACCCCGUUGUCGGUGCUACAUGACGGUGAAAGUUCGUUCCUCACGGACAGUGAUCCGGUUUUCGUUGUCCGCCAAUAUCGGCGAGCAGGACACCCGGACCUUGCACCCGUUUUACCGCCCGCUGGUGAUGUUCCUGACUUGCAGCCCGGCCUCUCUGAUUCCGAGGACGAAAAUAUUUCUGGUAGCGUUCGGGUCGAUGGACACAUCCCGGUUUCCCCGUUAUUGGAAAUCAGCCCGUCGGGGGAUCCUAGUUCUGACUUCUUACCCACCGACGCCGGUUCGGAAACGACGGAAAAGGAACAAAGUUCAAGCUCGGCCCCGUGUGCCUCACAGAACCGAGCGGUACAUCAUACCAAAAGGGCCAGGGCGUCCCAACGGGAGGCAGCUGAGAAAAGGGUCAAGUUCCUCAACAUGAACAUCCGCGGGGAACAAUUCCUGAUACCGUACGUCGACGAUUUGAACUUCGUGUUCGUUUCCGCGUUGCAGUUGCUUUUCCGGCUCAUCCUUACCCUGGUGCGCAGUCUCCAAACCGGAUGUACGUUCAGCCUUAAAAAAUUGGUGAUAGCGCAAGUGGUGGACAUGCUAGGGUGGAGGAUCGACGUGCCACGGCGUUGCAGGGUAGUCGACCCGGACAAGGCUGCCGCGAUUCGCGCUUUCAAAUGGGAUGCUGUGUGUGCUAGCACGAAGAGUUUAACACAAUUUUUGGCUAUCUCAUCGUAUUUGCGCGAUGCGUUUUACGACCUUGAUACCGAUUACCUGGCGUCCUUCCAAGAUCCCAAGAAACACAAAGGCAUGAAGGGUGACGCCAAGGCAGCGGCUGCUUUCGAAAAGUUGAUAAAGGAGCUUUCAUCGUCAGUCGAGCUAUCCGAAAUUGAUGUUCCUGCUGCUCGGAGCUGGUACUGCGCCGCACCUGGCGAAUGUGGAAUUCUCCGGAUCUCUGUUGACGCUUCGUUGACUCGCGUCGCGUGUUUCGUUGUGCAAAAACAAAAAAUUCGCGACCGAUAUGUCAACCGCCUGGUCCUAGCAAUGUCCCGCAAGUUCUCCAAAGAGGCCAAGAAGCGCGUUGGCAGCCACUCUCUCCACGUGGAGAUUAAAGCCCUUGUCUUCUUUGUGCGCGCAGUCCGGGCGAAAUUGCCAAAGGCCGCAUAUGUGUUGCAUUUUGACAACUCGGUCUUGUCUCUCAGUCAGCUUUGGUCGGUCUGUGCAAACGGAACGAUCAUGCGUUCACUUCUAUCGUCCGUUACCGAAGUCCUUACGGCGCUGUCGCAGGACGAAUCUUAUUUGGUUAAUGUCGGGAGAGUCGGCAACAUCGCCGACACAGGGACGCACCAAAAACCGCUCCCUGAGGACGUGAAGCGGGAACGUUUCGAAGAUCUAGUGGACCUCAUCAAACAACUCUACGGGAAAGACAAACUCGUCAUCCCGAAAGUCGAGGCCCCGGCAAAUGAUGAGGCCCCUCGUCCUCUACUCGCUAGGCGAUAUGCUUGCCUUUGCAGCGCUUCAGUUGCCUACCACGACCAGUCUUGCGGCGCCCUCCUGUCACAUGGGCUCUCUGCUUUCCGAUACGGCGCCCAGUUGUGCGCAACACACGCAAUUCGUAAGUCGUACCUCCAGGCUAACGUUCCGACGAGGCACCUUUUCCGCUUGAGAGAGCCAGGUCAACUCGACGCACUUUCAAGAUACAGCGUCCAAAUCACUUUCCCGUCUACAGCAGCAGAUGUCGUCUGUGCCCCUCCGCUGUUGGUUUGUUCGGUAGAAGAACUCGAACAAGGCUUCGAAUUGGUAGUAACGGCUGUUGGUUCCAAAAACGUGUCCGUUACCCCUAAGGUCGUUGUGACAUGUGUUACUUCCGGUGUCCGGGUCACUCCCCGGUUUCUCGUCGUGGUCCAGAUUGAGAAUUUCGAGCACGCCGACGCCAGUCCGGAGCACUCGCUGUUAGAGCCGGAGUUGCGCCUGAACUUGCUCGAAUACCGGACCAAGCUCACUCAGGGCGCGUCGGAUGAGGAAGUCGAGCGGAAAAUUGAAGAGCGCCUCCAGAAAGCUCGUAAUCGCAGCCGCCUCUCCUAUGAGGAUUGGCACGCCUCCACAGCAUCACUGUUGAUGGAUCGUUUCGACAAGACAUUGCCUUUACUUGUAAAGUGUAUUGUUGUCAAGUCUUGUCUGGUUUUGGGUGAGGCUUUGUGGACGGAAGGAGUAGAGUUCCCAACGAUCGAAAUCGCUCGCGCGUACCAUCCAAUCAAGCCCAAUUACACAGGUUGGGGACGUUUUCGGAAAAUCCAGCUGGAAGGAAUCCUCGCCAAGAUUUUGGACUUCCACAGGCAGGAGAUGGUUUUGGAAGGCCUGCUUGCUGAUUAUCUCCCUUUCGUGCAUGGCGUUCCCGCCCACGUCAGCAGUAUGUUUUUGGCUGUCCGGUUGCGAGACAUACUUGCGCGACUUAUUUGCGAGGCGGUAGAACUAUACAAGGGCUUUAUGUCGGCCGUAAUGCCGCUCUUCGCCUGUGCUGACGUGUGGAAACAAGUCUUGCUGGCGCUGCAGAAGACCUCCGCUUCUGAGUACUUGUCGUUGCGUUCUUCGCCGAAUAGCUCGUCUUCAUUGGGCGCGAAUCGAGGAGUUGUCGUCGACAAGCCUACUGUCCCCCUCGAGUUGCCUUUAAAACGACCAGUCUCACUUUACGUUUUUCGGGUCAAAUCCGACGCGCAAGAUUCGAUUGCGUUGACCCUUGCGCCAAAACGGUCUUUCCCGCCGGAGGGACGACGUGACCUGCGUUUCCGAGGAGUGUCUGAGCAGGACGCGCCUUACUUCAGAUUCCAGCGGAUACUCCGCACCCUUUUCGCGCCUGCUGUCCACCCUCCCCGGCCUUGUAACUUCGUGGUUUACGACCUUGUAGCUGGAGCUGACAACCGAGAGGAAUGGGAGUCACUGGCUAGUCGACGAGGUGGUUAUCGUGUGGACAUGAUCCCUGCGGGACGCGUUUGUUUUCCAGGGUUCCCAGUAGCCGGGUUUGAAUGUAGGAUUUGCGUCCUUACUAAUAUCGAUGGAUGCGCGAAUUUUUACACUUGCGGGCGAGCGGGCGUUUCAGCCGACGAUGUCAAACGACAAGCUGCUGGUCCUUCGGCACCUGAUCAUCCGCCUCUAGAUCCAGACAAUGCCCUUCCGCCUCGCCUACCGAUACCUGAUGAAAUUGCGUUCCAAGAUCAAGAAGAAACCGCUCCGGACGCGACCCGUGAGGAGUAUGACCGCAAUGCACGCCAAAAGCAAAUGAACGACUUAUGUGCGUCUAUUUGUGACGGACUGCCUCCAGACUGCACCGGCCGAUACUCUGCACCUUCUCCCGAGUACGCUGUAUGGAUCGAUGUCGUUGUAUAA